AUGGCUCAUUUGUGUUCACUUCUAACUUGGUCUCGCAUAGCUGAUUCAGUUUUUGUUUCAGAAGAUCAAAGAAAACAACGGGCGGAGAAUAUCCCGUAUAAAGAUUUACCAAAAGAGAAAAAGGAUGAACUCCGUAGAAAACGGAGAGAAAUAUAUGCUAAAAAAAAGGCAUCUAGCAGCGAUUCCCUCCAAAUAAAAGAUUCAACUUCGUUUGAUGGUGAUCAACUGACUAUAUCAAUUGAUGAACGUUCAAAUGAUGAUGUCCAACAUAUAAACAUCAUUCAAGACUUUACUGUUCUACAAAAGGUGUCAAAGAGACAACGGAUUUUCCAUUCUGAUAUUGACAUCGGUGAACUGAUUUCAUCUCAUGAAGUAUGUGUUCCUCCUGGUGUAAAUCUCUGUGUGGUUAAUUCAGAGGCAACUUCAUCAUUAAACAAUGUGACAUAUCGUUCAAAUUGUCCGAGUCAUUCUAUGGAUUUUCUGACACGUAAAUCAGGAAAUACAUACAUAGAUGAAACAAUCGUCUCUAAUCAGUUUCUAAUUCAACAGGUGAGGGGCAUCGCCGCUCUGUUGGACUUAGGCAAUUAUUACAAGUCGUGCCAUCUGAAGCAUAUUCUUUGCCGUAUGUGCCUUGUUGCAGACAUUACCUAUGUUCGGACUUAUAAUAACAAGUUCGCGUUUACAUCCUUUGGAGUUAAAUUCGAUGAAGAUCUUUGCAGACGGAAUAAAAGAAUUUAUACAUUUCGAACUCAGGGACAGAUCUAUCACUAUAUCAAUGAUUUAAUCCCUUUAAAUGGUCGUCCUUCUUAUCUUCAAUUGUAUUUCUAUGAUACGGAGUAUGAAUUAGAAAAUCGCAUUUCUGAUUCAAACAGAAUGAAUCCAUCAAUUAUAGCUCAACUCAUUGAUAUUCUUCACAUCAAUCCAUAUUCUCUGUUCUUUUGGUCUCUUGGUGAUUUGUCAAAUUUGGAAAAUCAAGUAAAUCAUAUAAGAUCAGAUGUUGGUCUAGAUCAACGUGUAUUCAAUGUCCCGACAUCUUCACAAGUUGCAGCAAUAUGGGUUGAAAAUGAAGAUGCAGAUCAGCUAAGAGGACGAGACAUUUGUGUCUUUAGUCAUUCUGGUGGAAGUCAUAUAGUUCAAUAUUGUUUUGGCUGCUAUGAUCCACUUCAGUAUCCGUUGUUAUUUCCUCUUGGCGAUACUGGUUGGCACCAAGGCAUUCAAAGGGUCAAUAGAGGAAGCACAUUAACAAGUAACGAAACAACCCGAUCAAUAUCAGCAGAAGAAUUACUUAGAAGAGAACAUCGAGCAUUGAACAGAAAAAGGAAGGAUCCAAUUGUUUCGUGUCGUGAAUAUUAUUGCUACAAGUUACAAAUCAGAGAAAAUGUCAGAUCAAUUUUGUUACUGUCUGGUCGCCUAUUGCAACAAUUUGUUGUCGAUAUGUAUGUUAAGAUCGAGACGUUAAGAUUAGAUUAUUUCCAUAGCAAACAACAACAUAUUCGAUCUGAGUUAUAUCAAGGUAUUGUUGAUACCAUUACACUUGGGGAAACUGAUGCUUCUAAUGUUGGAAAACGGAUUAUUCUGCCUUCGUCAUUUAUUGGGGGUCCAAGAGAUAUGCGAAAAAGAUAUAUGGAAGCAAUGGCUUUAGUUCAGCGUUAUGGUAAACCAGACAUUUUUUUAACAAUGACGUGCAAUCCAAACUGGCAAGAAAUUUCAAAUGAAUUAUGCCUGCAUGAGGAGAGUCAAAAUCAGCCUGAUUUGGUUGCUCGGGUCUUUCGUGCAAAAUUAGAAGAAUUAAAGGAUCGAUUAUUCAAGCAGCAGAUAUUUGGAAAAGUCUCGGCAUAUGUUUAUGUUAUUGAGCACCAAAAAAGAGAGCUUCCACAUGCGCAUUUUUUAAUUAUAUUACAGAGGAAUUGGAAACUCUAUGCUCCUGAAUCUUUUGAUGAGAUUGUAUCGGCAGAAAUACCUGAUAAAAAUACAAAUUUGCACUUGCAUAAUGCUGUUAUCAAGCAUAUGAUGCAUGGACCAUGUGGAGUGUUGAAUCCAACAAAUGUUUGCAUGAAAAAAAAUAGUUGUUGCAAAAGCCAAUAUCCAAAAAGUUAUGCAUCAGGUACGACUGUUGGAAAUGAUUGCUUCCCAAUAUAUAAGCGUUCUGACAAUAGAAUAACUGUCAAACUGAGAGGCCAUAAUUUGGAUAACCAUUGGGUCGUUCCAUAUAAUCCAUAUUUGCUUGCAACAUUUGACUGUCACAUUAAUGUGGAGAUUUGUUCUACGAUAAAAGCAGUCAAAUAUCUUUAUAAGUACGUUUACAAAGGGCAUGAUCGUGUUGCUUUCAAUUUGGUUUCCGAACAAACCAAUCAACAAUUUGACGAAAUCCAACAAUUCCAAUCGGCCCGAUGGAUUGCUCCACCUGAAGCUAUGUGGAGAAUAUACGGCUUCAUUGUUAAUGAAAUGUACCCAUCAGUAUAUAGCUUACAUUUACAUGUUGAGGAUAAACACCAAGUAACUUUUCGAGCAAAUGAAGACUUAAUCAAUGUUCUCAACUCUGAUCGAUCUGCAAAAUCAAUGUUAACAGAAUUCUUUGCAUUAAACCAAGUAGAUGAAAAUGCCAGGACAUUGUUAUACAAAGAAUUUCCAGAAUUUUAUAUAUUGCUAAAUCAUGUAAGAGGACCUUUGUCGUUUGAAGAUCUUAGGACAGUUGAUGGUGUCGUGGCUCCAACAUUUCGUGAGGCAGCAACUAUGCAUGGUUUGCUACAAAGAGACAGUAGCUUACAAGAUUGUUUACAUAAAGCAUCUCUAUAUCAAAUGCCGUUCAGUUUGAGACGACUAUUUGCAACUAUUUUGGUUUAUUGUAAUCCAACCAAUCCGAGAGAGCUUUGGGAACGUUUUGAGCAAGAUAUGUCAGUUGAUUUUAGAUCGACUGAAGAUUCUAUGUCGAAUGUAAGAAUGCAAGUUUUGCGCUCAAUCUCUUUUACACUUGAAUCAAUGGGGAAAGACAUGAAUUCGUUCCAUCUUCUUGAUGACAACAUUUGUUUUGGUGAAGACCAACUCGAAUCUAGGGAAAUCCAUGAUGAAUUGGCUGUUGAAAUUCCAGAAGAAGAUAUUGUUGCAUCAGAAACCCUUAAUAGUAAACAACGACAUGUCUAUAAUUCAGUUUUGGGAAAGGUUUUUUCUAAUGAAGCUGCUACAUUCUUUGUCGAUGGCCCUGCUGGGACGGGGAAGACAUUCCUGUACAAGGCACUUCUUGCCGCAGUAAGAUCAAGAAAAUUAGUCGCACUUGCAACUGCUUCAUCUGGUGUUGCUGCAUCCAUCAUUCCUGGAGGUCGAACAGCACACUCGCGCUUUAAGAUUCCACUAGAUACUGAUGAACAUAGCAUAUGUUGUGUCAGUAAACAAAGUGCCAUCGCAAAGUUACUACGUGUGGUUUUACCUGUGGUUCGUAAAGGAACAAGACAAGAACAUGUUGACGCCAGUUUGGUUUCUUCUUACUUGUGGCCUACAUUGAUCAAGUUUCAUUUGACUGAAAAUAUGCGAGCAAGAUUGGAUCCAGUCUUUUCAGAAUAUGUGUUAGAAUUGGGCAACGAAAUGCCACCAAUCACAGUUGAUGAAACUAUAAAAAUUCUUGAUGGCAUGCUUGUUCCUUACGAAGAUGACUGUACUUCUUUGGAUUAUUUAAUAGAUGCUGUUUUCCAUGAUAUUCAUGAAUAUUCAAUAAAUAUUUCAGUUAUGAUGAAUCGGGCCAUAUUAACACCAAAUAACAGUUAUAUUGAUGAAAUAAAUGCAUUACUAAUUCAUAGAUUUCCUGAUGAGAUUAAGCGAUAUUAUAGAUUUGAUGAAGCAAUAGAUACAUCUGAACAGUCAAUUAUGGAAGAUUUUUUAAAUACUCUAACCCCAAAUGGACUUCCUCCUCAUGAAUUGUUACUGAAGAUAAACUGUCCUAUCAUGCUGCUUAGAAACAUUAAUCCUUCAGAAGGACUAUGCAACAGAACACGUCUAAUUUGUCGGGCUUUUGAUCAAAAUGUCAUUGAUGCAAAAAUCGCAGUUGGGCAUCACAGCGGAAAAAGGGUCUUUAUUCCAAGGAUCCCAUUCUUACCAAAUGUUGAUGAAAAUAGUGGCUUUCCAUUCAAACGAACUCAGUUUCCUAUCAGAUUAAGUUUUGCAAUGAUUAUAAAUAAGUCACAAGGGCAAACAUUGGAUUUUGUUGGAAUAUAUUUACUUCAACCUGUUUUCUCACAUGGUCAAUUAUAUGUGGCUUUAUCAAGGGCAAAGACUGCAUCUACAGGAAAUCAGCUGCAAGCUACAAUAUUUGAUAAGGAUAUUAACUCGCGACAAGAUACUUUGCACAUUUUCCAGUCAUAUUACAUUAGUAAUACAUAUGUGAAGCCAUUGGAUCCGAAGUAUAGAAUUGAAAUAUAUGAAUAUCAAUGGAUCUUGAAUGCUAAAACGAUAAUUGAGGAAGUUCCAAAGGAUGAAGGACAAUUGGAGCCACCAAAGUACCAACUCAUUCCAUUCAAUGAAUUAGAUGCUUACAAGAAUUCAAUUGCAGAAAUAGGAUUAUCUCUAUCAUCACGUCCGAAAAGUAAAUUUAUGAUCAAUCCUGUUAUUCCUGAGACAACUUCAUUACAAGAGUGGGCAGCGAUUAAUGAUUUAUUGUUCAAGAGUAUUAUUGCAAAAAACUUGACACACCCAUCUGCAUCUCUAUCUUCUGUUGGCAUUCGGGAAAUAAUUAAGAAUUGUGAUGUUGCUGAAUUCAUCAAAAGUUUGCAACCCAUGGCGGUAAAAUCCUAUUCUUAG